AUGAAUGUAUUUACUUGUGCACUCGUUUUUAUUGCGUAUAGCCAUAGAGUCCAAAGUGCAACGUUGUGUGACAGUGAUUUUUGUGUGUGCCGUGUUAAUCAUAGUGAAAAUGAGGAUUUUGGUGAAACAAUAGAUUGCUCGUACAAUCCUAGAAUUUUAAAAGACAACUACGAACUCCCUGAUACAGUGUAUUCUUUAGAUUUAUCCUGGAAUAAUUUAACUGCUAUAUACUCAACGAAAAUCUUCAAAUCAAACACAUUAAUUGAAUUACUAUUAGAUAACAAUAGAAUUACGGAAAUUGAAAGCACUGCCCUACAAUUUCCUAAGUUGAAGAAACUCGAUUUAAGCAACAACAAUUUAAAUAUUAUUGAUAAGGAAACUUUUAAAAACAUAAACCAAUUAGAGUAUUUAAACCUUGCCAAUAAUAAAUUUCACACAGUGUCCUCAUUAUCAUUUCAUCACGUCGGAGGUCUAUCGGAAAUUAUUCUCGACAACAAUGAUUUAGGAAUAAGCCUGAAAGAUAUAAACUUAUUUGAUAGAAGUGGAUACGGGCUGACUCAUAAAAUUCGAUCAUUAUCAAUAAGUGGAAUCAACCUAAAUACAGUCUACGAUAAUUUCUUCGUCGACGCAUACGAUAUAAGGAAAUUAAUCAUUUCUAAUAAUAACAUAAGCGCAGUAUUUGAACUGCCCAUGACACUAGAAUAUCUGGAUUUGUCGGAUAAUCCAAUAAGUGAGAUUUCGGGGGAAGAUUUUUCUGAUGUCCCGGCUUUGAAAGUUUUGCUACUGAAUAAUUUGUCAAUCAAUGAAGUACCAGAAUUUGCUUUCACGUCAUUAAGAGGUCUUGUAAGCCUGCAACUCGAAAGAAAUACAAAUUUAACUGAUUUUAACGAACUUGCGUUCGGUCAAGAUGUCUUAGAAGAUGCAGAUGAUUUUACGUUAGAAAACUUAUCUCUAAAGGGCUCUAGACUGACGACUCUUUCUAAUAAACUAAGUAUUCCCUUUGGACAGCUCGUACAUUUGGAUUUACAGGGCAACUUGUGGAAUUGUGACUGUAGUUUUAAAUGGAUAAAGAAGCUGCAGAUUAAUGAUAAAUAUUCAGAGCAUUUACGAUGCUACACACCACGGCCAUUCUUUAAUAGUAAAGUAAUGGAUUUAGAACAAAAGUAUUUCUUGUGUUCUGUGGAGAGGCAUUUGACCGGAAUAGCAAUCGGCACUAUUUCGGCCUGUGUGUUGCUGGCCUUUAUUGCUGCGUGGAUUUAUGUGAUGGUGCCCAAACACCAAUCAAGAAAUAAUUUCAUCAAAAAUAUGUACUCUUCUCCAGGGUACUCGUUAUUACCUGUUCAUGUGAACCUCAACGAUGGACCUUAA